GAGGAGAGAGGAGAGGGGGGCGCAGGCGCAAAAAGCAAGCUACCACCGCAGCCCAGCUCGAGGCCACCACCACCACCACCACCACGGCACGGCGAAAGGGGAAGAAGAAGAGGAAAGGAAAAAAAAAAAAUUCCGCAGCUGCUACCUCUCGCCGCCUUCGCCGCCGCCGCCGCGAGAAACCCAGCGGCGUCCCGGGAAACCCUAGCCCCAUCCCCCACCCCGCCGCGCGCCCUCAUGGGGCGUCCGCGUCGGCGCCAGUAGUAGACAGGAGCGGGGGGCCCGCCCCGUCGCCGACGAGGGGCAUCCAACGAUGGCGCGGAUACGGCGCGCGAGCUCCGGACGAGGGCUUUUGGAAGAUGCUCGAAGGAAAACCUUCUUAAAUUUUUUGGCUGUGGUAUUUACUCUGGAAUUGAUUACCAGAAUCAAUUUGAUUGCCCAAACAUCAGCUCUAAAUGUGGUUGCCCCUGCUAUAUCUCCAUCUCAAAGUUGGAGACCAGUUCGCUCCAUGUUGUCAAAAGCUAAAGUUGACAUUAGUAUUUCAGUCAGCGAACAAAGACGAAAGAAGCUAUAUUCAUCACCAGCUACUCUAUCUGUGCACCCUCCAAUGUCAGCGCCAAGCUAUAGCUCCAUUUCUGGUGAUUCUGAUCUCUCCUUUUAUUCUUCAGACAUGUCAGAUAAUUUGGUGCAGCAUAACAGACGCUCAGAAGCAGAAAUUUCUACUCAUGUAGAUGCUGCGCCUCCUGAUGCAGCCUCAAAUACUAGUGCAGCUCCUUCUGGAUUAGUACAACCUCCAGUAUCUCCUCACAAUGCAUGUUGUUCACAUAACAUGGUACAAAAGAGAGGGAGCCAAGAUUGCCAUUGUGUUUACCCAGUAAGAGUUGAGCUUUUUCUCCGAAAUGUUUCACUGACGUCAAAUUGGAGCGAUGAAUUUCUGGGGGAACUUGCUUCUCAACUCAGUCUGAGGGUUACUCAGUUUGAGAUUGUAAAUUUCUAUGUUGUUGGGGCUUCUGGGCUAAACAUCACAAUGUAUAUAGCUCCCCAUACAGGAAUUAGUUUCUCAGCCGACCAAGUUACCGCAAUGAAUUAUUCACUUAGUCAGCAUACAGUUCAGAUCAACCCUGUACUAGUUGGUGACUACAAUCUUCUUAAUUUAACCUGGUUCAGGCCACUGGUUCUAGCUCCUGCUCCAACAUUCACAAUAUCACCUAAACCCUCUCCAUCUCAAGCAUCUACAGUACCAAGACACAGUGCGGAUACCAGCAAUGAAAAACACAUGAGCUUGAUUACUAUCAUUUGCAUAUUUAUUGGUGCUCUAAUUGCUGUCUUGGUGAUUGCCAUGUUUAUUUGCUUCUGCAAAUUAAGGAAAGGGAAAAGGAAGGUUCCUCCAGUUGAGACACCCAAGCAAAGAACACCAGAUGCGGUUUCUGCAGUGGACUCACUUCCUCGCCCAACAAGUACAAGGUUCCUUGCAUAUGAUGAACUGAAAGAAGCAACCAACAACUUUGAUCCGUCAAGUAUGCUUGGAGAAGGAGGUUUUGGCCGUGUCUUUAAAGGGGUACUAACUGAUGGCACUGCCGUUGCUAUAAAGAAGCUUACUAGUGGAGGGCACCAAGGAGAUAAGGAAUUUCUAGUUGAAGUGGAGAUGCUGAGCAGGUUGCACCACCGAAACCUUGUGAAACUCAUUGGUUACUAUAGUAACCGUGAGUCAUCACAGAACCUACUGUGCUAUGAGCUUGUUCCUAAUGGAAGCCUAGAGGCUUGGCUUCAUGGUACAUUGGGAGCUAGCCGCCCCUUGGACUGGGACACUAGAAUGAGGAUAGCACUAGAUGCUGCCAGGGGAUUGGCAUACCUUCAUGAGGAUUCUCAGCCUUGCGUAAUCCACAGGGAUUUCAAGGCUUCUAAUAUAUUGCUUGAGGAUGACUUUCAUGCUAAAGUGUCUGAUUUUGGUUUGGCCAAACAGGCACCGGAAGGUUGCACAAAUUAUCUCUCAACACGUGUUAUGGGAACAUUCGGGUAUGUAGCACCAGAGUAUGCAAUGACAGGACACUUGCUUGUAAAAAGCGAUGUAUAUAGCUAUGGAGUUGUUCUACUUGAACUACUUACUGGGAGGAGGCCUGUGGAUAUGUCACAACCUUCUGGCCAGGAAAAUCUAGUGACAUGGGCACGACCAAUUUUACGAGAUAAAGAUACGCUAGAAGAACUAGCUGAUCCCAAGCUUGGUGGCCAGUAUCCAAAAGAUGAUUUUGUGCGAGUAUGCACAAUUGCAGCCGCCUGUGUUUCACCGGAGGCAAGCCAAAGGCCAACAAUGGGCGAGGUGGUGCAGUCACUGAAGAUGGUCCAACGCUCUGAGUUCCAGGAAUCCAUACCAACACCUCCAGCACGACCCAAUGUUAGGCAGUCCUCAACCACCUAUGAAUCUGAUGGCACUUCAUCCAUGUUCUCUUCUGGACCCUUUUCAGGCCUCAGCCCCUUUGAGACUGAGAACAUAUCGAGAACGGCUUUCUCUGAAGAUCUUCACGAAGGGGCCGCGGCCGCGGCGACGGCGAAGCUGUACAGCCCGGCGGACAGGAUCCUGGUGAACUGCGGGUCGACGACGGACGGGCUGGACGCGGAGGGGCGCAGGUGGGUGGCGGACGCGACGAACGACACGUGGCUGACGGACUCCGGCAAGUCUUCGAUCAUGGCGGCCGCCGACGAGCUGGAGACGAUGCUGCCGUCGUCCAUCCCCUACAUGACGGCGCGGGUGUUUACCAUGGACACGGUGUACAACUUCACGGUGAACCCGCGCGACCGCCACUGGAUCCGGCUCCACUUCUACCCGUCGUCGUACAACGGGCUGGAGCCCCAGGACUUCCGGUUCUCCGUCUUCACCACCACGGGAUACACGCUGCUCCACAACUUCAGCGUCUACUUCACCACCAAGGCGCUCACCCAGGCGUACCUCAUCAGGGAGUACUCGCUGCCGCGUGUCCCGGAGGGCCACUUCGGCGUCACCUUCUCGCCGUCGCCCAUGAUGAACGUCACCUACGCCUUCGUCAACGGCAUCGAGGUGAUCUCCAUGCCGGACAUGUUCAACAACCCGGCCACCAUGGUCGGCUUCGCCGACCAGACCGCCGACGUCUCCGCCGCCGCGUUCCAGACCAUGUACCGCCUCAACGUCGGCGGCGCCUACAUCCCGCCGUCCAACGACUCCGGCCUCACGCGGCCGUGGUACGACGACACGCCGUUCGUCCAGGGCCCCCUGCGCGGCCUCGUCUACAACGCCGGCCCGCACUUCCACAUCAAGUACCCCAGCGACGCCGCCGAGUACGCCGCGCCGCCGGAGGUGUACCUCGGCGGCCGCUCCAUGGGCAGGGACCAGCGCCUCAACCAGAACUCCAACCUCACCUGGAGCCUCCACGUGGAGUGCAACUUCACCUACGUCGUGCGCCUCCAUUUCUGCGAGCUCCAGCUCAUCCACGGCAACCAGCGGGUGUUCGACAUCUACAUCAACAACCGGACGGCGCAGACGGACGUGGACGUGCUGGAGAUGGCGACGGAGCGCGGCGUGCCGGUGUACAAGGACUACGCGGUGAGGCUGAGCAACGACACCGCCGACGAGCAUCUGUGGGUGGCGGUGCACCCCUCGGUGAUGCUCCGCCCGCAGUUCUACGACGCCAUCCUCAACGGCCUCGAGGUGUUCAAGGUGAACAACACCGGCGGCAGCCUGGCGUCGCCGGACCCCGUCCCGUACAAGCUGCUCGCGGAGAAGGAGCUCGGCUGGGGCGGGCCGCCGGAGUUCUCCACCGACAACCCGGCCAACAUGGCGUCGGUGAUGGGCGGCACGGCGGGCGGCGCGGCGGCGGCCGGGAUCGUGGCGGCCAUCUGCGUGGUGGUGUACAGCAACAAGAGGAGCAAGAAGCUGGGCGGCGGCGGCGCCGACUCGCACACCUCCGCGUGGCUGCCGCUGUACCACUCCCACACCAGCGGCAAGUCGUCGGGGCACAUCACGGCGAACAUCGCCGGCAUGUGCCGCCACUUCUCGUUCGCGGAGAUCAAGGCGGCGACCAAGAACUUCUCCAACGACCUGGCCAUCGGCGUGGGCGGGUUCGGCGUGGUGUACCGCGGCGUGGUGGACGGCGACGUGAAGGUGGCGGUGAAGCGGUCCAACCCGUCGUCGGAGCAAGGCAUAACCGAGUUCCAGACGGAGGUGGAGAUGCUCUCCAAGCUCCGCCACCGCCACCUCGUCUCCCUCAUCGGCUUCUGCGAGGAGGACGGCGAGAUGGUGCUCGUCUACGACUACAUGGAGCACGGCACCCUGCGCGAGCACCUCUACCACAACGGCGGCAAGCCCACGCUGUCGUGGCGCCACCGCCUCGACAUCUGCAUCGGCGCCGCCCGCGGCCUCCACUACCUCCACACCGGCGCCAAGUACACCAUCAUCCACCGCGACGUCAAGACCACCAACAUCCUCGUCGACGACAACUGGGUCGCCAAGGUCUCCGACUUCGGCCUCUCCAAGUCCGGCCCCACCACGCUCAACCAGUCGCACGUCAGCACCGUCGUCAAGGGCAGCUUCGGCUACCUCGACCCGGAGUACUACCGCCGGCAGCAGCUCACCGACAAGUCCGACGUCUACUCCUUCGGCGUCGUGCUGUUCGAGGUGCUCAUGGCGCGCCCGGCGCUCGACCCGGCGCUGCCGCGCGACCAGGUCAGCCUCGCCGACUACGCGCUCGCCUGCAAGCGCGGCGGCGCGCUGCCGGACGUCGUCGACCCGGCGAUCAGGGACCAGAUCGCGCCCGAGUGCCUCGCCAAGUUCGCCGACACGGCGGAGAAGUGCCUCUCCGAGAACGGCACCGAGCGCCCCACCAUGGGCGACGUGCUCUGGAACCUCGAGAGCGCGAUGCACUUCCAGGACGCGUUCGACGCCGCCGCCGGCCGCCCCGUCCCCGCGCUCGACGCCGCCGCCGGCAGCAGCAGCCACCUCGACGACGGGAGCACGGCCAGCAUCAACACGCUGGCCACGUCGUCCACGUCGCACCCGCACGAGCCGUGCGUCGACGUUGUCUUGGAGCCCGACGACGUCGUCGCGGAGCGCGCCACCUUCUCGCAGCUCGUCCAGCCCACCGGCCGGUGACAGUGACACCACUACGGCACUACCACAAGUGAACCAUGCACAUAGAUCCAAAGUUUAAUUAGUUCCGACUUUUUUUUUAUUUCUUUCGAGGAAAUUAGUUCUAAUUAAUGCCAAAGUUUGAUUAGUUCCGAGUUUUUCUUUUGUGUUAAUUAAUGCUAAAUCUCGGUUUUUGGUUUAUAUCCCUA